AUGAUUGGACUGUUGACAUACCGUAAUGUUCGAUUUAUCGCACAUGUUCAUCAUCAACCAAAUCACAAUCGUCUAUCAAUAUGGGAACAUCAAAUGACAAGAAUGAUGUUGACUCAAACUCUUCUAAGUAUAUUGUGUACAUUGCCUCGAGUCAUUUUCGUUAUUUAUUCCAUCGCUACAAUCGGCGAGAACACAACAAGAAAUUUUGAUCAACUAUCAAUUAUAUUUACUGCCGAUUAUUUAUCUGCCUUUAUCGUGGGUAUCAAUUUUGCCUCAUCUUUUUAUAUAUUUCUUCUUUCAUCACCACGCUUUCGACGAACGAUUCAAAUCUACUUGAAACAUCGAUUCAAUCUGAACCAUUAUCAAAUAGAUCCAACCAGCAUACCCAUCGCGGUACCAACACUUAGUGAACAUCAAUGUUAA